AUGAACGCGCAGAGAAGAACGGAAGUGAUGGAUGCAGGAAGGAUAGAGGGCUUGAACAGUAUUUGGAGGGCUUAUGUACCAUCUAAACUGAAGAUUUUUGGCUGGAGAAUGAUUAGGGACAAACUUCCUACUCAGAAGCAAUUACUGAAGAGGCAUAUUAUUCAACAAUUGAACGAGUCAUUGUGUGUAUUCUGUCAAGUGCAAGUAGAAUAUAUAAAUUAUGUGCUAUUGCAAUGUGUUAAACUUGAAUGGCUAUGGAGGAAAGUAUUUGUUUGGCUGGACAUACAAAGACCAAAUGAUGAGGUCUGCUGGGAACAUUUGUUUAGCAGUGAGGAAGCACUCAAAGGAAGGAUAGGAAAAAAGAGAGGGGUAGCAAUUUGGCUUACAACUUGCUGGUGCAUAUGGAAGCAUAGGAAUGACAUAAUGUUCAAUGGGGCUGUCUUGGAUAUGGAACAAGUAUACCAUUCAAUCUUAAGGUAUUCAUGGUGGUGGCUAGCCAUAGCUUCUAAGAAUAGAAUCAAUUGCAAUCUUUAUGAAUGGAUCCAAAAUCCUUCUUUGUGUAUUUGA